AUUUGAUUCACAUGGCAGCGGUCGGAUCGGAAAACUUAAAGGAAUAUAACAUAUGUUAACGAUAAGAUCGAGCUUCUAGAUUAAAAUUAAACGCAUGAGGCGUCAUUACGGUAAAGUGUGCCGUACUUGAGGCGCUGUAUGGUUACAGACUUGAUUAACCUAAAGCUCGUAUCACUUAUAACGCAUUUAUUUAUAUCUUUAUAUCUUACACGCUUGUAAAUGAGGAGUUAGCUUUCUGUAAAGGAGGAAUAUGAAGAACAGGAGCGGCGGCUUUACAGACCAGCGACUCAAACAGAGAGUUGAGCAGUACCUGAAAUCCAGCAGCAGUCAGUAUGUUGACGUUGCAGAAAUGGCCGCAGACCUCCAGCGACAAUACAGACUGGAUUAUGGACGAAGGAAUAAAAUAGCUUUUAGGAUACAAGUGGAAAAAGUGCACACGUUGUUGUGUAACGAGUCUGGGCUUUUAGCACUGGAGGAAAAACACUUGGCUAAAAGAGCCAGACGCAGUAAAGAGGAUGAUGGUGAGGACGGCAGUGUGCUGAGUGACAGCACAGACAGCGAGGCCGAUUUCUCUGAAAAUGAGAACACCAAUCACAUGAACAACUCGCUGAUGUCGCUAUAUUCCAAGGGGAAUCCUAACAAUGGAGUCACUUCAAGAGAGCAGGGCAGCAGUAGCCCCAAUCCGGCCUCUCAGAAGGGUUCAUCAGCUGAGGGCAGCAGUAGCAGUUGUACCCCUCAACGCUCCACCACCACCGUGUCCGCAGGUGGCUGGUUCAUAGAUAAGAAAGGAUCGAAAGGACGAAAAGAUCAGGAAAGCAUCUUGAUUGACCUGUGUGAGGAGUCAGCCAGCCCUGCAGUCAAUAAAGACACAGAUGUAUUAGCGCUGGAGCCGGAAAGGAAGCCAAAGACGAGCAAGAAGAAAGAGAAAAGAAAAGCCCAAAGGGAAGGAGAAGGUAAAGAUGUAGAUGCGGAUAUUGAAGGAAGUGUCAUGUCAAAAAAAGCCCGGACAAAACCUCCUGAACUUCAGCAUUCCACAGUGACGUUUGAAGACGUUGGUGGUAACGAUGAGACUCUAACGGAAUUGUGUAAGUUGCUCAUCCAUAUGCGUCAUCCUGAAGUAUAUCAGCAGCUAGGAGUCGUGCCUCCACGAGGUUUUCUUCUUCACGGACCUCCUGGUUGUGGAAAAACCCUCCUCGCCCAAGCUGUUGCUGGGGAAAUGGAGCUGCCCAUGUUGAAAGUCUCUGCCCCGGAGUUGGUGUCAGGAAUUUCCGGCGACUCGGAGCAGAAACUGCGUGAGCUGUUUGAGCAAGCUGUGAGCGGAGCUCCGUGCAUUCUGUUCAUCGAUGAGAUUGACGCCAUCACCCCAAAGAGAGAGGUGGCAUCCAAGGACAUGGAGAGACGGAUUGUUGCUCAGCUACUCACCUGCAUGGAUGAUUUGAAUUCCUUACACGUCCCAGCACAAGUUUUGGUUAUUGGAGCCACUAACCGGCCUGAUUCUCUGGAUCCAGCUUUGAGAAGAGCAGGACGUUUUGACCAAGAAAUCUGUCUAGGAAUACCCGAUGAAGGAGCACGUCUUAAAAUUCUUAAAACUCUUUGUCGUAAGCUUAAGCUGCCAGAAGACUUUGACUUUGCGCAGGUGGCACGACUCACCCCUGGGUACGUUGGUGCAGAUCUGAUGUCGCUGUGCCGCGAGGCAGCCAUGACUGCUGUCAAUCGGGUCCUUCUGCAGCAGCUUGAGACUAACGCCAAGCGUCAUAACAUCACUGUUGUCCAGAAUGAUGAUGGUGCAAAGUCCCAAGAUGCAGCGGAAGAGCCUGGGCAGGCUUCUGGCGAUUUAAGUGCUCCGGUAAGUGAGCAGGGGGAGCUAGAACAGCUGCGUUGUCUGGUGAGGAACAGCCAGUCUUUGAGUCAGGAACAGCUUGCUGAUAUCUGUAUCGUUAUUGAGGACUUCAGGGAGUCGCUAGCACGGGUCCAACCAUCUGCCAUGCGUGAAGGCUUCGCCACUGUGCCUAAUGUCACGUGGGAUGAUAUCGGUGCUCUGCAGGACAUUCGCGAGGAGCUGACGAUGGCCAUCUUGGCUCCUGUGCGUAGUCCAGAGGAGUUUAAAGCUCUGGGAUUGAGUGCCCCUGCAGGAGUGCUGCUUGCUGGACCUCCAGGCUGUGGAAAAACCCUUCUCGCAAAGGCUGUCGCCAACGAGUCUGGUUUAAACUUUAUAUCCGUCAAGGGCCCUGAGCUACUGAAUAUGUAUGUUGGUGAAAGUGAGCGGGCAGUUCGCCAGGUGUUCCAGAGAGGACGAAACUCUGCCCCCUGUGUGAUCUUUUUUGAUGAGAUUGAUGCACUUUGUCCCAGACGGUCUGGUCGUGAGUCUGGAGCCAGUGAGCGCGUGGUGAACCAGCUGCUCACUGAGAUGGACGGGUUGGAGACACGGCGGCAGGUUUUUAUCAUGGCCGCCACUAACCGACCAGAUAUCAUUGAUCCAGCAGUGCUUCGACCAGGCCGUUUGGACAAAACCUUGUACGUGGGUUUGCCUCCAGCAAAUGACCGACAUGCCAUAUUGAUCACUAUUACCAAGGGGGGAACUAAGCCUCGUCUGGAAGAAGAUGUAAACUUGGAGGAAAUUGCCUGCGACGAACGUUGUAACUGUUUCACUGGGGCAGAUUUGUCGGCUCUAGUUAGAGAAGCUUCCGUGAAUGCUUUAAGAGCCCACCUCAACUCGCAGACAGCUCUUGCGCACCCAGGGCACACAUUCUCCUCCAAGUCUGUUAAAGAUAUUCGCGUCAGCAGGCAGAAUUUUGAAGACGCUUUCAAGAAGGUGCGGCCAUCAGUGUCCAAAAAGGACGAGCUGAUGUAUGAUAAACUGCGAGAGUCUAUUACCAGAUAGCUGGGUGGCUGAUGAAGGGUCAUGCGAUGGUGGAAACCAUCUCUUCUCAACUUUUUUUUUUUUU